AUGGCGGCGCCACCCGUCCCCGUCCUCUGCAGCGCCUCCCCCUGUCGCGUCUCCACCCACCUCGCUCCUCCUGCCUUUCGAACCAUUGCUGCGGCGCGGCCGCAGGCCUUGCCACUAGGCUUCUGCGUCGAGCGCCGGGGGCCCCCUCUGCGCGCCCGCGCGCUGUUCGCGGCCAAGCGCGGCGGCGGCCGCGGCGAGGUAGCCGCGGAAGGUGCGGACGGCACGCGCGCGCUGCUCCAGGCGGCGCUCUGGGGCGCCGAGGCUGCCUACAUACUCUGGCUCUUCCUCCUGCCUUACGCCCCGGGUGACUCGAUUUUGGCGAUCUCGCAGGCUACCAUCAGCGACCUUAUCGGCCUCUCACUCAACUUCUUCUUCGUCCUGCCGCUGCUCAACUCAGUUAGCGUUCACCUGCUCGAAUCGCCGGUACUUCACCCUAUGGCAGAAGGAUUGUUCAACUUUGUGAUCGCUUGGACGCUGCUUUUUGCACCACUUCUCUUCACGGAUUAUAGGAGGGACCGAUUCAAGGGAUCGCUCGACGUCUUGUGGGGCUUUCAGAUGUUCCUCACAAAUACUUUCUUGAUACCUUACAUGGCAAUCCGACUGAACGUUCCGGAUGCAGACCAGUCUCCACCGCAAAGAUCACAACUGGGUUCAGUUAUGGUUAACGGUGCACCGGUUGUGGGCGCAAUUGGCGGUCUUGUCUGUGUUCUCUCGAUUGUUUGGGCAUUCUUUGGCCGCGGAGAUGCUGAAUUUGGAGGCACUGCAGAACGGUGGCAGUAUGUGCAGAGUUAUGUGCUCUCGGACCGGCUUGCUUACGCGUUUCUAUGGGAUAUAUUUCUGUACUCCAUAUUCCAGCCAUGGUUGAUCGGGGAUAAUCUUCAGAACGUGAAGGCAGAUGCUACUGAGUUUGUGAAUGCGUAUGCAGUUGAGUGA